ACCAGAAAGAUAUUACUUUGCCUACUCAGACUCAGAAAAAAAAAAAAAAAAUCUUGAUCAUACAUUAUACAUUUGUUCGAUAUAUUCUUCCAACCAACCAAUCCAGUGGUUAAACCAAAAGAAAUGGCAACAACUGGUGCUUCAACAAUGGCCAGCCAGCUCAAGAGCAACUUCGCUUCCUCUUUGACUAGAGGACUCAUCUCCCCCAAGGGCAUUUCCGGUACUCCUUUCAGGGUUUUGCCUUCUUCUAGAAGGACCUCUUCCUUCACCGUCAACGCCGUUAAGUCUGACAAGCCAACUUUCCAAGUGGUCCAGCCAAUCAACGGUGAUCCAUUCAUCGGAAGCCUCGAAACCCCGGUCACAUCGAGCCCGUUGAUCGCAUGGUACCUCUCCAACCUACCCGCCUACCGUACAGCUGUCAACCCACUUCUCCGAGGAGUGGAAGUCGGCCUGGCCCACGGGCUUCUCCUAGUCGGCCCGUUCGUCAAGACGGGCCCACUCAGGAACACCGCCUAUGCAGGUCAAGCAGGCUCGCUCGCAGCGGGUGGCCUAGUUGUAAUUCUCAGCCUUUGCUUGACCAUUUACGGGAUUUCUUCUUUUAAAGAAGGCGAACCCUCGACUGCGCCCGCGUUGACUUUGACCGGACGGAAGAAGCAGCCCGACCAGCUGCAAACUGCCGACGGGUGGGCUAAGUUCACCGGAGGGUUCUUCUUUGGCGGGAUUUCCGGGGUCGUUUGGGCUUACUUUCUGCUUUAUGUGAUCGAUCUUCCUUACUUUGUUAAGUAGAGUGUUUUUUCGAUUCGAUUGUUGUAAGUAUUUUGUGGUGGCUUUUUUCUCACAUGUUGUAUAUUGGGGAGAUUCAUUCUGAUACAUUGGAAUAUGCUUCUUAUAUAUGAAUGUGUGGAUCUUUCUUUUGUUUGACAUUGUGAAA